UUUGGGUAAUACCCGCGAGAAGACUCGUAUAACCCGAGGAUUAGUAUUACCUGUAGGUAAUUUCCAUUCAGCUGGGGACUAAGGGGGGUAAAAAAGACAAAAAGGAAGAGGAAAAAGGCCGAAGAAUGUAAAAUGUAGAUAACUAGAUAAAGGUACCUAGGUACAUAUCUAGAAGUUACCAUUCGUCAUUCGUCGCGCGACUAGAUGCAAUAAUAAUGAAAGGCUACAUAAAUAUCUUAAUUAUGUGCAUAAUUAGGUAUGCAUGUGGUGGGUCUAUUGUUCGAUUAAGUGGGGUACUAGGCAUUCUGGCAUUCAGACUUAUAGGCCUUGAGCAACUUCUUAUUCCUACUACUCUGCCACUGCCUCUAAUCGAUAAAUUUCUUAUCAUUAGGUAUAUACAGUAUAACCACAAACCACGUUCGCAGACUCUAAAACCACCUUUUUCAUUUUCCGAUAGUCAUACCGACGUCGAAGAGAUGAACCCUGAAACAGCUGAGACAAUAGAGACAAUAGAGACAGCCAAUGUCGAGGAGGAUGACUGCUACGUUGGGCUGACCCGGAACUGUCUCAACCCCAACGACGCGAUAGACAGAGUCCGUAGUCCCCAUGCCGGCGCGAUAGUCAUGUUUGCAGGCACGACCCGGGAUAACUUUGGGGGUAAACCUGUAAAAGAGCUACAAUACUCGGCUUAUAGCCCUCUAGCAUUGCGGACUAUGCUGUCCAUCUGCAAAAACGUCCGCGCCGAGCAUGGUCUUAUAGCAAUAGCUAUGGUCCACCGUCUCGGCAUCGUGCCUAUAGGAGAAGAGAGCAUCCUGAUAGCUGUGUCCGCGCCGCACAGGCAAGCCGCCUGGCGAGCCGGCGAACAGGCUCUUGAGGAUUGCAAAGAACGUGUCGAAGUUUGGAAAAGAGAGGAGUUUGAGGGUGAAGACGGCGUUUGGAAGGCUAAUAGAGACGGCGCAGCAGGUCAUAAAAUCUUGCAUGCAAAUAAAACACCAAGCUCUUAAUAAGCCCUUAAGGCCAGCAUACCCCGUCUAUCUACAAGGAUGUCCGCUUCGAUCAUACAUCAGCGAGGUCGAUCACGCGCAUGACACAAGUAUCCAUCAGCCCAGUCCUCACAGACCAGUGCUCGUUUACUAAUAAUCGAACCAGCAGGA